UUAAGGGUAGAAGGAGACCUUGAAGAUCUUACCAGACACACAGCCCCCUCUGGUGCUGACACAUACACACACACACACACACACACACACACCCUUCACCAUGUCCUCUCCCUCCCUGCUCCUCCCCUUCCUGACCCCCUGCCCCUUGGCCAUGGAGUACCUGAAAGAUUUCGACCUGCUCAAAUUCGAGGUCAAACCAGACAUCGCCACUAACCCAGCCCCCAGCCCCCUCCCUAAACCCUCUCCUCACCCCUCCUCCAGUCCUUGCUCCACCCACCUGCUCCAGGACUCCACCCACCCUUCCACUGACCCUGCCCACCCCCACCAAGACUCCGCCUACCCUUGCCCUGACCCCGCCCACCCCUACCAGGACUCCGCCCACCAGCUCCAGACCUCCAGCCCCAACACCUCCCUGCCUCCCUCCCCAACACUGAGUGAGACCCAGCCCCAUCCCACUUCCUACUCCUGCCUCUCCUCCUCCUCCUCCUCCUCCUCCUCCUCGUCUUCCUCUUUCACCUUGUCUCACUCCACCCCCAGCACGUUCCCUGGGGUGUGCAGCCCCGCCCCUGGCCCCGCCCCUAGCCCCGCCUCCCUGGAGGAGCUGAUUUGGCUGGCGGCGGUGCAGCAGCAGUUUGGGGGUGCGGAAGGCGGGGCACCCCUGGGCGGGGUCGUGGAGCGGGCGGACCGAGAGAGGGGGGCAGCGGCAGCGUUUCUGGGGUUCGAGGACCCUGUGGAGGGCCUGUUCAGCUCCCAGAGCUCCAGCUCCAGUCAGCAGGACUGUGACAGUGCCAGAGGAGGUGACUCCUGCUCAGAAGCUGCAGACCUGUAUGACCUCCAGCACGUGCUCCUCCUCCCCCCAAGCUCCGCCCCCUCACCUAACCCCCCAGGCUCUGCUCCCCGCCCACACCACCCAAACGCCCAGAGCCAGCUCCACCACCUCCAUCAUCAUCUGCAGCACCCCCAUCACCAUCAUCAUCAUCAUAAUCAUCAUCAUCAUGAUCAUCACCAGCAUCUUCAUCUGCAGGUGGGCCUGGUGCAGCAAGGGGGUCUGAGAGGGGAGGAGUGUAGGGUGGGGGGGCGGAGAAAUGACCUCCUCUCCCCGUCCCCGCCCCUGCGCCCUCCCCCCCCGCCCAUCCUGCCCCCCCCCCACCCCCUUCAGCAGCGCCGGCCCGAGGAGCGCCUGCGCCUGUCGGACGAGCAGCUGGUGGGCCUGUCGGACGAGCAUCUGGUGGGCCUGUCGGACGAGCAGCUGGCGGGCCUGUCGGCGCGGGAGCUGAACCGGCGCCUGCGGGGCGUGGCCCGGGACGAGGCGCGGCGGCUCAAGCAGAAGCGUCGCACGCUGAAGAACCGCGGCUACGCCCAGCGCUGCCGCCGCAGGCGACUGCAGCACCGCCACGCCCUGGAGUCCGCCCGACACGCCCUCACCUGGCAGCUGGAGCAGCUGCAGCGGGAGCUCUCUCUGGUCCUGAGGGAACGGGACGCCUACAAAACUCGCUACGAGGAGCUCGUGAGCGCCACCGAGGCCCGGCCCGCCCGCUCGCUCCGCCCCCCUCCCUCCUCCGCCCCCGACUGCUUCCUGCGACGGCAGGAAGUGGCAUGAGAACAAACAGAGGUGGGCGGGGCCGAGAGAGGCGACAUCGUCGUUAGCGCCGUUGACCACUGGACCAGGCGGAAGGCUGGAAAGCUGAAAUGAAAAGAAUACAUUUUUUUUAUUUUUCUGAAAUCACUAAUGAUUACGAGUGUUACAUCUGUGGCAUCAGGGCUCGCAAUCAGGGUUAAAAUUUCAGAGACGUCAGUUCGAAAUCACUGUGAAUUUUUUGUUGUUGUUGCAAAUAGUGAAGGUUUGAAUCUUGAAAGCUGUCAGAGUCCUGUCACUCUGUCACUGCUUCCUGUGUGACAUCACUGGCCCUCCUGUGACGUCAUCACCGGCCGUGGUUGUCGGAAACUGUGAAAACAGGAUGCAACGGGAAUGGCAGAUUGAGUCAGGCUUAACGAUAAUGAGAAACCAGGGUGAAAGCAUGAUAGCGGUGAUAAUUAAACAGGGGUGGAAUCAUUAGCCUGAAGUGGAAAUCGAGACAUCAUUAAAAGUGAUGGUAAGUGUGGGGUACGCUCUCAAAAGCAAGGGUUUCAAACGGCUCCUCUGUGUCUCCACAGAGGAACCCUAUCUAGUUCAAGGGUUCUUAGUCCAGCAAAACGGUUCGACGUGGCAGCUUCCACACUUCUCACCUCCCAUGCAGGGUUCCGUGAAGAACUGAAAAGGGGUUCCCCCCAUAAGCCGGGGAACCCCUUCAGAACCGUUUUUCUCUUGUCCCUCUGAGAGCCUAGCGGGGGAGGAGAGGGCGACGGUGUUAAAGUACAGCACAGUCAUCGCCGAAGCCCGGACGGACUCGAGAAAAAAAGUUCAGGGACGCAGAUGGCGCAGGCGUGCUGAAUCACGGCUCUCCGGGCGCGAGAAUCCCACUGUCGCCCCUGAGCAGGGCAGGCGAGUGGAGAGGCGUAGC